GUUACCCACUGGGAACAGGCAGAGCCGAUACUGUGACCCUGGCCACAACCCAGGGGCUCCAAAUUCUGAGCCUCUCCUCCUGCAGGGGCUCCUCCCGUCCAUGGUCUGUGUGCUUUCAUGGAGACCCCUCUGUGGUCCGCCGUCUGUCUGUCGCCUGCCUCUGCCGUCAGGCUUGGAGCUUCCCCGAACCCUCCGGAGUCUGUCCAAGCCAGUGGCUCCUCGUGCUGCUCACGGCCGGCCUUGCCCCGGGCUGGCUCUGUCUCCUCCUGUGGGUCUCAGCUAAUGGCAGACCGUGGACAUUGACCACCUGUGGGAAGUGACGCACCCCGGCCCCUCUGUCGCACCGGCCGCCCCAUUUUCUCGGCAGUCCCCACCACUGAUGGUUGCCGUAUUCGGGUCUUUGUCACAUGGCUCCCCCAGAGAAGAGAGAAGCCUGCUCAGAGAGGUUACUGAAAACAGGAACCUGACCUUCUGCAAGUCCCACGCCUUCCUCAUUUCUAGCAGAGGAAGUGUGUGGCUGCUUUAGCAACCACUGUUCUUGAUAGCUUGGACUUCUCUACACCCGCGGAGGCCUGGCCACCUGCUCGCUCUGCGGGAGCAGCGGCAGCUGAUGGAGAGGCGGUGACGGUGCUCCUGGCAGUCGCUCCGUAGCUGCUCCCAGGGGAGACCAUGCCCAGCUUCUGAAGGCGUCCCGCAUCUUCGACAGCCCAGAGAGACAGAGCGAUGGGAAACAGUAUGAGAUCCACCCCGGCACCCCCCGAGAGGCCUGUGCCCAGCCCAGAUGGACCAGACGGUGACUUCCUGGCCGUGCUGAGUGAUUACCCAUCCCCUGACAUCAGCCCCCCCAUAUUCCGCCGAGGAGAGAAAUUACGCGUGAUUUCUGAUGAAGGGGGCUGGUGGAAAGCCAUUUCCCUUAGCACUGGCCGAGAGAGUUACAUUCCUGGAAUAUGUGUGGCCAGAGUUUACCAUGGAUGGCUGUUUGAAGGGCUGGGCAGGGACAAGGCGGAGGAACUUCUGUUGCUGCCGGACACGAAGAUGGGCUCCUUCAUGAUCCGAGAGAGUGAGACCAAAAAAGGUUUUUAUUCCCUCUCGGUGAGACACAGGCAGGUGAAGCAUUACCGCAUCUUCCGCCUUCCGAACAACUGGUAUUACAUCUCCCCGAGGCUCACCUUCCAGUGCCUGGAGGACCUGGUGAAUCACUAUUCUGAGGUGGCUGACGGUCUGUGCUGUGUGCUGACCACACCCUGCCUCACUCAGAGCACGGCCGCCCCGGCAGUGAGGGCCCCCGACUCGCCUGUCACCUUGCGCCAGAAGACGUUUGACUGGAAAAGGGUAGCCAGACUGCAAGACGACCCCGAGGGAGCCAGGAACUCGCUUGGCGUGGAUGAGUCCCUUUUCAGCUACGGCCUUCGAGAAAGCAUCGCUUCCUACCUGUCCCUGACCAGCGAUGACAGCACGUCCUUUGACCGAAAGAAGAAAAGCAUGUCCUUGAUAUACAGCGGCAGUAAGAGGAAGAGCUCGCUCUUCUCGCCGCCGUAUUUUGAAGACUAGCCUCAGAACAGACACCGUGGUGUGUGCCCCAAAUAACGGAGGUUUGAACCGUCAUCUGGAAUCUGGCAGAGAGGCCCGGGUCCCUGGUCCCUGGGGAACCGCACACCUUCCAGAAGCCACGAGAAGGCACCUGGAGACUCGAACUCACAUCUUCUCUAGCCACAUCACGACCAAGGGAGCCCCUCCCUGGCGUCUGAUCAGUACUGAGGCGUCGGCGAAACGUCGCCGAAUCAGGAUGUGAUCUGGCAACACUUCGGAAGAGCCUGCGCAUUUGUGUGUGCUUAUUGUGUUUGUGGGAAAGAUAAAGACAUUAUCUUACAAGAAAGGGCCCAAGACUGUCCUCGAACAAACUGUCCAGAUGGUCACACUCUGAGCUCCUCAGAGAUAACUUCUCCAUGACGAAGGCCUGAGAAGGAGAUGAGCUGAAAGCCGUGGCCUGGCCAGUCUAGGUUUGCAAGUUGGUCUCCUGCGUUCAACUUUUCUAACCCAACCAUAACCGGACCGCUGGUAUGCAGCUCCCCUCUUUUUAAGGGAAUUCGGUGACACUAAACACGUUAAUCUUCCCUAUUAUCCCUGAAGCAGGAGGUCCUGUUGGUCUCCUGGUGUCAGAGCCUCAUGUACAGAAGUCGGAUGGCCUCCCUGCUUCUGCAGAGGGCAGGUGGGAGAGAGGGAGGCCGCCUGCAGGGAAGUGUGAGGGUAGCCCUGGAACAGGGCAAACUCGUGGUGUCCCCAGCCAUGGUUCUGCAGCACAGGAAGGGCUUCUCCGACCCGCUGAGAUUCUCACCAGUAAUAAUGCAUCAGUUAUUCACUCAUGAUUGCCUGAAGAGGCACUGUGUUGAGUCCCAUGUCAGAGAAAGGAAGGAAGGAAGGAAGGAAGGGAAGAAGGAAGGAAGGAAGGAUCAGCGGAGGCACUCAGUGUAGACAGGGAAAAAAGUGUACAAACCAAUAUCGUGAAAGAGGGGUAUAAAAAGGAAAUCAGCUCAUGGCUCGGGGGUGGGGAAACCGGAUCAGGUAAGGGUGUCCCAUGAGCUCACGUCUCAGUUGGACUUCACAGAGUAUGAGUUCAGCUGGAUUGAGUAGGUGAGAAUGAUCGGCUUCUUCGGAGGAAAAAAAAAAAAAAAGGAAACUGAUUAAUUCUAAAGAAUUAAUUCCUCCAGUAUUUUAUUCUCAAAAGGGUCUGGCAGCCGCAUGAAUAAAACUGCUGAGCUCCAGGAAAGAAGGGAGUCAGAGUGGCUUUAAUGCUGUCAUACUAAUUUUAAGAGAUGAGAGAGAAAGCCCAGUAAAGUUCUAGAAAAGGAGAAGUCUUUAUCUCUAGGCUGCCCAGCCGGAUCCUGUUAGGAAGGGGUCCGCAGAGACACCCGUGACUCAUUCUCCCCUGUUGCAAAGGGGUCAGGGGGAGGAGGGGCGCUUGAGAUACCCCUCGCUGACUGAUACGAGAAAUCUGUUCACCACACGCAUUCCUUAGAUCUGUGAUCACUGUGCUAGUGAUAUGUGUAUAUGCAUUUAUGUGAUUUUCUGUAUCAUCAGACUCUCGUGUGUUUAUACAAGAAGACAUUUACGGUUUCCCCAACAAUCCCUAAAGGCUGUUGCAAAGGGACCAGCCGAUGUAUGGGAAGUGAAUGUAACACUGUGGAUGCUGACUUCUAGCCCGAGGCAGGGGGACCUUGCAAACGCCAGAUGUUUGGACGGUGUCUUAGGCGUCGUUUUCCGUUGUGACUAGUGUGCUGGGAACUUUAGGGGAGCACUCAGAGGUGUUUCUAAGUGGCAAGCAUUACACUUUGCUAAAUCAUGUAUUUAUUUCUGAUUAAAAUAUACCUAAUAAAUAUUUAACCCUUGGGA